AUGAAAUAUAAAGCGCCGGCCAAAAUAACACUUAUAGGUUCAGGUCAUUGGGGGUCAGCGAUUGCACUGAUUGUUGGACGGAAUGCCGAAAAAUAUAGAAAUGAUUUCGAUCCAGAAGUUCGUAUGUGGGUUCAUGAAGAGAUGGUAAACGGAAAGAAACUUACUGAAAUUAUCAACACGCAGCAUGAAAAUGUCAAAUAUCUGCCGGGUAAAGAAUUAUCAUCAAAUGUAGUAGCUGUUGAUGACUUAGUGGCAGCUUGUACAAAUAGUGAUAUACUUAUCUUUGUGAUACCACAUCAGUUUGUGGAAAGUAUUUGCAAUCAGUUGAAAGGCCACUUGAAAGAGGGCGCUUUGGCCAUUUCACUCAUCAAAGGUUUUCUGAUAGAUAAGAAAGAAGGAGUGAUUCGUCUAGUGUCUGAAGAAAUCCGGGAACUACUGAAUAUCGACACAGCGGUAUUAAUGGGAGCAAAUGUAGCCCAGGAAGUAGCGAAUGAGGAAUUCUCUGAGGCAACGAUUGGCUAUAAAGGUCAAAAAGAAAAGUGGCCGAUACUGAAAAAACUGUUUGAAAGUGAUAAUUUCCGAGUUAAUUUGACCAAAGAUUCCAAUACUGUCGAAUUAUGUGGUGGUCUAAAAAAUAUAGUAGCAUGUGCAACUGGUUUCGCAGAUGGUUUGGGAUGCGGAAAUAAUACAAAAGCAGCUAUCAUACGGUUAGGACUAUUGGAAAUCAUUGUAUUUGUCGAGCUAUUUUAUCACGGUUCAAAUAUUCAAACAUACUUCGAAAGUUGCGGGAUAGCUGAUCUCGUAGCAGCAUGCAGUUCUGGCCGUAAUCGCAAAAUAUGCGAAGCAUUUGUUAAAACCAGAAAAUCGAUCCAGGAUCUGGAGCGAGAAGUGCUGAAUGGACAAAGUGUUCAGGGUCCAGCAACUGCUGAAGCAGUCUUUGUAAUGCUAAAAAAGCACAAUAUGGUAUCAAGAUUCCCGUUAUUCGUUGCGGUACAUCAAAUAUGCAACCAACAGCUUUCACCCAGUUGCCUGAUGGAGCAUCUUCGGGAAUGUAAAAGUGAACUACCUGAUAAUUGGGUGAAAGGUCAGCAGUUUUUUACCAAUGCUUAUCAGUGUAAGUAG